AUGGCACCCAAACUCGAGCGACGAACCCUUGCUGAAGCCUUUGAAGGCCUCGAGAUUCCAUCAUCAUCCCGAGCCCAUCAGACUGACUCUAACCUUGGACACUCUAUCCAUCUUAUGCUCUCCUCGAGUCUCCGUGGCAAUGGUUCUAUCCGUAUUCAUUCAGGACCGGGCAAGGAAUCAACAUUGCAGCUUACGCAAGAUGAUGCCCAUUAUGAGGACGAUGCAGAAGACGAGGAUGAUGACAAUUACGAGAACUAUGACAAUUACGAGAACGAUGCUGAAGACCAGAGUCACUCCGACGAAGACGACAUCGAGUUGAAGAACUACCUCGACGACAUCGCAGAUGCUCUCAAGAAGCAGAAGUCAAAGAAUGACUCCGAGAUUGCUGAAGACUUCAACGAGAAACUGUCGCAGAUGGUCUACGGCUCAAACAUGCUCGAGAUGGUCGGAAGUGGUCUGGAUACCACAGUCAAGCUUUGUCAACGCAUUUUCGAAGGACGCGCUGUGGACGAUGCCGAGAUUAGCGAUCGCGACCCAAUCUACCAAGCUCUCCGAAUGGACCUUGUGAGCAAGAACAAGUCUAGUGGACAUGAAGACGUGCUCCGAAGCCGCCGGGAGAUCAUUCAGCAUGCAAAGGCGGCGUACUACAUGAUGAACGAAGUUGCCAUCAAGGGGAAGGAUCUGUCCGAAGAGAUCAUCCUAGAAACCCACCGCCUCUUGACGUAUCAAAUCGACAGUCCGGAUAACAUUCCCUCAAGCCAGUACGGGGGCAUCUACCGAGAUUACCCGGUCCAGCGUGGCUUCCACUCGUUCCCUCAUCAAGCCAAGGUCCCAAAGGCGGUACGAGACUUGACUGACUCUCUCAAGGCCGAUAUCGCUACAGCAGAGGACAGCGGAGAGAUUGACCCUGUGGCUCUAGCAGCCAAAUACUGUCACAAGUUUGUCAACAUUCACCCCUUCCUUGAUGGUAACAGUCGUACAAGCCGUCUUAUCUUGAACACCAUUCUUCUCAAGUAUGGUGGUUGCUUUGUCUGGCUUGGAAUGGAACCAAAGGACCGAGAUGAGUACAUGAAAAUCUCAGCAGAAGGGUUCUCGGCUGAGGCUAUGGAACAGGAGGACAUGGAGGAUCUACCAGAGGGCUUCAAGCCCAAACACCACAAAAAGCUCGCCACGUUCACCCUCAAGCAUGCUCGGGAAACAAUGACCAAGGUCCUUCGAACAUUGAAGCGAAAGGAUUAG